CACCACCCUCUCCUGAUGCUGUGAAGGCAUCACAGCUAUCUACUGGUGGGCUUCUCAGGGCCCUUUAGACCCUCCGCCAACCCGGGCUCAUCUCCUCUUCUCUCCAGCUGCUCUGCCUGGCCAGCUCCUGCCAGCCUUUCCCAAAUUCCCACCCAAGUCACGUCUGUUUGGGUGCUUUUGCUGGCUCCCUCCCUCCCUCUGUUUUGAGAGAGAGAAAGCAUUGGUUCUGAAUAGCUGAACCAACCCAGGAAGGUUUGCUUCCUCUCCUAGGCACAGCUGCUGCUUCCUCCAGACUCACACAAUCCCCUUCCCACAAACCUUUCUCUUCUCUCUUCCUCCCUUGUGCACUGAGUCCAAUUCUGUGCAUUGGAGGAGGAGGAAACAGGAGGGGAGGGCUCUCUAUUUUUUUUCUCUCUCUCUCUCACCCCCCUUUCUCUAUUCCGAGGAGGAGGAGAGCGCAGUCUCUGUUGCUCGUUGCUGCUGUUGCUGCUGCUGCUGCUUUUUUGCAGGUGCCUUCGCUGCUGCUGUCGAAGGAAAACCCAGCCUCCCUCCUCCUUGGCUUUGCAGAGCUCUCUGAGAGGUAGAGAAAGGCGUUGGAGAAAAGGACCAGGAGGAAGGCGAGGAGAAGCUCAGAGGCAGAGAAAGAAAUAGAGAGAGAGAAAAUGCUGCGGCACAAGCUGCUCCCCUCUUGAGAAAGCGCUCUUGUCGGAAUUGGAGGUUGGAGAAAACCUUGCCAAGGAAGAGAAGCGCGCAACAGAGGCUUCUUUCUCCUGCCCCAGUCCUUUCUUUUCUCAUCUGAACCGUCUUCUAACAGGUUGAACUGCAGAGGACUGGUGGGACUAGGUUUCAGCACCGUGGAGAGCUCCUCUGAGUCUUAGUUGUGUGCUAGAAGCAAGAUGCUGCGCCAGGGCUCCGAGGAGGCGCAUUGUGGGACCUCCUUUGGGGACCUGUUGGUCGGCCUUGGUCGCCUCCUUCUUCUCUUUGGCUGAGCGACAACUUCCCCGAACCCUUUGGGGCUCCAGUUCCAGACAGAGCCCUUCUCCUCGACUUCUUCACCCCAAGGGCCAGGAAGGAGGAGCGGCCUCUCGGGCCCCCUGGUCUCCCUCUUUCUCCGGUACUUCUCCGGUCCCCGUUUUCCGCGGUGGGCGGGAGGCGGCUUGGCCCCUUCCUCGGCCGCCGCGCAGGGACUCCCUUCUUUUCCGUGGGGCGGCGAGAGCAGCAUGCCGGGGGUCCCCCCCCAAGGCAGCAGCGCCCGCAGCCCCUCCGCCUGAGCCUCCAGGGUGGCGGCCAUGGCAGCGGCCAUCGCCAGCUCCCUGAUCCGCCAGAAGAGGCAGGCCAGGGAGCGCGAGAAGUCCAAUGCCUGCAAGUGCGUCUCCAGCCCCAGCAAGACCAAGACCAGCUGUGCUGACAAGAAGAAGCUCAGCGUCUUCUCCCGGGUCAAGCUCUUUGGCUCCAAGAAGAGGCGGAGGAGGAAACCAGAACCACAGCUUAAAGGCAUUGUAACGAAAUUGUACAGCCGACAAGGGUAUCACUUACAGUUGCAAGCAGAUGGAACGAUCGAUGGAACCAAAGAGGAAGAAAGUACCUAUACUUUGUUUAACCUCAUACCGGUGGGACUGCGAGUGGUGGCCAUUCAAGGCGUCCAGACAAAACUCUACUUAGCCAUGAACAGCGAAGGAUACUUGUACACAUCGGAACAUUUUACCCCAGAAUGUAAGUUCAAAGAAUCGGUGUUUGAAAACUACUACGUCACAUAUUCGUCCAUGAUCUACAGACAACAGCAGUCGGGCAGAGGCUGGUAUUUGGGUCUUAACAAAGAAGGAGAAAUCAUGAAAGGAAACCAUGUCAAGAAAAACAAGCCCGCCGCACAUUUCCUUCCCAAACCGUUGAAAGUGGCCAUGUACAAAGAACCCUCCCUCCAUGAUCUCACAGAGUUUUCGCGAUCCGGCAGCGGGACACCCACGAAAAGCAGAAGCGUCUCCGGCGUGCUAAACGGUGGCAAAUCUAUGAGCCAACAUGAAUCGACGUAGCUGCCUUUGGAGAGCUGACAGGAGACGUCUUGAUGGAACCUUACCUCUGGAACCGCAGUCAAGAACCCUAACUUAGCCGCUGACCCAUCCAACCGUUCUGUCCCAGGCGAAAAGCCAAAGAACUGCCCAAAAUUUGCAUUGUCAUAUCAGCCAUGUUAGACUCGUUGGCUGUUCAAAAAUAAUAUCAUUCUAUGGUUUGGGGCUUUUUUUAAUUUAUUUUUUUUCACAUUUUUUCCCCCAAUAGUGUAGAACUAUUGCUUGGGCAAUCUCACAAGGAGAGCCAGGCACUUAUGGGUUGUGACGUAAAAGAGUGGAGAAGAAUGACUUUUCAUUUUCUUUUUCUCUUUGGGACAAAAAAAAAAUAAUUUAACUCACAUGGGCUUUGUGGAAACAAAGCGAACGCAAAAUAAUAAUAAUAAUUGUCAAGUGGGGAGCCUUUUGUAGUACGCCAAUGUCAAUUUGCUACCCAUCUAAGGGAGAAAUCCAUUGUUCCUUUUCUUUCGUUCUUUGUGGAAAAUUUCACGCUCCACGUUUUAUAUAUAUUAUCUGGCAUUAGAAGGACAAAAUAAAACAUAGACUCUUUUUCUUUCCUUUUUUUCGUUCUCAGCUUCCCAUUUUAUCUCUCUUUUAAAUCUCGCGAAGGCAAACCAACCCAGAUGCAUUAUUUUCAUUCAGAAUCGGGCAAGCGUUCGGGUUAUUCACUCCGAUGGGUCUUCUUCUUCUUGAGCUGUGUCUUUGCAAGGAAAAAUGACGCUAUAGUGGUAGGAUUAUUUGGGAAAGGAGGGGAAUUCUUCCCGCUCUGGCCCAAAGGUUUUCUUGUGGUUUUGAACAAACUCUGAAAUAUAUACAGGUUUUUUUUUUAAAGAGAAAUAGAUUUGUAGUGUUCCGUCCUGAGUCGUUGUGCCGACCCUGAGUCUGUAGGAACUAAGACGUUCACCUUAAACCCAAGUCAGUGGAAGAUGAUGUUUUGUUUUUGUUGUUUUCUUUCUUUCUUUCUCCCUCUUUCUUUCUUUCUUUCUUUCUUUCUUUCUUUCUUUCUUUCUUUCUUUCUCCCUUGUUCCCUUCUUCUCUCGCCCAAUUCUGUUCCGUGUUACACUAUUAAAAACAACCACAACCCUGUCGUCGUGGCUUCUUUUUUCUGAAGACAGAACCUGUGGAUCUAAGGUGACUUCAGCCUUUUUAUAUCUAUAUAUAUAUACUAGCUGUGCCCGGCCACGCGUUGCUGUGGCGAAGUAUGAUGGUAUGGGAAAUAAAGUAUUGAGGAAUUGGUGGUAGUUAAGAUAAAAGGUAAAGGUUUUAUCUUACAUUAAGUCCAUUAUAAAUGGGUUAUAUAGCUGUGUGGAAGGGCAUUGAGUCUACACUGCCAUAUAAUCCAGUUAAAAUCAGAUAAUCGUAUUUUAUAGGCAGUGUGGAAGAGGCCUAACUCUGCCUGUCCCCUGGGCUGAGUGGGUUGCUAGGAGACCAAGUGGGCGGAGCUUAGCCUUCUAACUGGCAGCAAUUGGAUAAAAACAAUUAUUCCUCUCCCGCUAAUUAGGACUUUAUUUUUCUUUUCUUUUUGUUGUAUGAACGUAGAGGCAUGGAUGAGGGGUUGUGUUGCCAAGUUUAGUGUUUCUGGGAUGUGUAGUUUGGUUGUUUUGUCCUAGGCCGAAAUUUCAUUACCCUUUUAUAUAUAUAGAAGGGUAAUGGAAUCACGGCACCGGACAAAACAACUAAACUUAAACGCCCCACAACCUCGAAAAUUGACAGCACAACCUCUCAUCCACGCCUCUACGUUCAUACAACAAAAAGAAAAGAAAAAGUAAGUCCUAGCCACAGCAACACGUGGCCAGGCACAGCUAGUAUCCAUAUAUAUCAAACAAGAAACCAUCCAAUUUGUUUUUUUAAAAAAUGAACUAACACAUUUUUCCUUCAUUUACAUAAAUUUGGGCUUGAAACACAAUCAUCGCUAGAGUAAUAUAUUCCUUCCCAUAGAAAGGAGAAGACAAUCGGCACCUUCUAUGCCCCGAAAAAGCAAUGGGAUGUGAGAGAGAUGCUAAAUUUGCUGUGAGCUCAAGUAGACACAUUGCAGUCAAUAGGAUUUAAAGGAAUGCCGAUUGACAGGCUCCCAUUCAUUUCAGCGACUCGAUAUCAGUGGUUUUCCCAGAUGUUUUGGCCUUCAACUCCCAGAAAUUCUAACAGCUGGAAAACUGGCUGGGAUUUCUGAGAGUUGGAAGCCAAAACGCCUGGGUUGAAAACCAUUGCUCUAGAUAGAACAAGAUUAGGUUUCUAGAAUCUGUUCUAAGGCUACCUUUCAGGAAAUAUGUGGACACAGAGUUACAAAUUUUUAUCUAUUUUAUCCCAGAAUGAGAGAAGGAGAAAUACUUUCGGUAGUUGCUGUGAGUUUUCCGGGCUGUAUGGUCAUAUUCCAGAAGCAUUCUCUCCUGACGUUUCACCCACAUCUAUGGCAGGCAUCCUCAGAAGUUCUGAGAUCUUUUGGAAACUAAGUGGGGUUUAUAUAUACAGUAGAGUCUCACUUAUCCAACAUAAAUGGGCUGGCAGAACGUUGGAUAAGUGAAUAUGUUGGAUCAUAAGGAGGGAUUAAGGAAAAGCCUAUUAAACAUCAAAUUAGGUUAUGAUUUUACAAAUUAAGCACCAAAACAUCAUGUUAUACAACAAAUUUGACAGAAAAAGUAGUUCAAUACACAGUAAUGCUAUGUAGUACAGUAGAGUCUCACUUAUCCAACAUAAACGGGCCGGCAGAACGUUGGAUAAGUGAAUAUGUUGGAUCAUAAGGAGGGAUUAAGGAAAAGCCUAUUAAACAUCAAAUUAGGUUAUGAUUUUACAAAUUAAGCACCAAAACAUCAUGUUAUACAACAAAUUUGACAGAAAAAGUAGUUCAAUACGCAGUAAUGCUAUGUAGUAAUUACCGUAUUUACGAAUUUGGCACCAAAAUAUCACGAUGUAUUGAAAACAUUGACUACAAAAAUGCGUUGGAUAAUCCAGAACGUUGGAUAAGUGAGACUCUAAUGUAUGUGGAAUAAUGUCCAGGGUGGGAAAAAGAACUCUUGUUUGUUUGCGGCAAGUGAGAAUGUUGCCAUUGGCCACCUUGAUUAGCAUUGAAUGGCCUUGCAGCUUCAAAGCCUGGCCGCUUCUUUUGUUGGGAGGUGUUAGCUGACCCAGAUUGUUUCCUGUCAGAAUCCCUCUGUUUUCUGAGCUAACUUCUUGAACAUGGCCAUACAGCCCCGAAAACUCACAGCAACUCAGUGAUUCCGGCCAUGGAAGCCUUUGACAACUUUCGGUAGUUGCCUCCCAAAUGCAAAAGAAAAUGGGUAUCUAUAUCAUUUCCACUCGUCAUUUGGGAUAUAGAUUCUGUGCAGAAAUAGAGAUCGUCCAAAAUUAUUCAUCCAAGCAAUAUUUGAUGCUGUCCUUCAAAAGCUACCACAUGCAACUUGGUGAUGGACAAACACAUCGUUUUUUGGUUGUUCAAACACACACACACACACAUACAUACACACACAUACACACACACACACACACACACUCUUUUUACACACACACAUAUAUAUAGCAUACAUACAUUUGGUCAAUGGCCAGCAAUCAAAGAAACAAGAUGAGAGAUGCAAAACAUAAACUAGGACAUUAAAUGCAAUGUUUUAAGAAAAGUCCAAAAUAUUAAGUAAAAAACUUAAAAACAAUGUCAAGUCUUUUGAAUUCAGUGAUCAUAAACUCGCAUCAAAUGGCUUUAGCGUGAGGACAGAGAAUGCUAUUGCUUUGGCAACCAAAACAACCCGAAUCUUUGGAAGGAAUUGGGACGGGUGUUUGGUUCCAAAUUCACCAAAUUGAGCAAAAUCCUCCCAUCCUCACAACAUUUAUAUUUCUGCACAGUAUUAUUCCCCUCCCUCCCAAAAAAAAAAAAAAAACCUUAUAAGGGAAAAUCAGUGCCAAUGUUUCCCUUUUGUGUUGCUCAUCCUAACUGGGCUUCCCGAGUGUUGGAAAAUCUAAAAAUGAAUAAUGGGAUAUGUUUAUGCUAUGUUCUAGUCUGAAGUUGGGGUCCUCUAUAGUCUUCCCUUUGUACCUUGCAAGAAGGUUCAGGUGGUUUCGUCCAUCGACCAUUCCUUAAAGCAAACCGAAACAAAAUCUUUCAUUUACUUCCUCAUAGCCGUUGCAUGGGAGAAACGUUGGGAAUCUUGGCUUAAGAACUGCAUGACGUGAAGACUUGUUUGUGCAUUGCUCGUUGUUGGCCUCUUUGUUAUGGAGCUGUACAAAGCUGACAUGGUUUGGUAAGAGCUGUUUCCUGCCGCUCUGUACGAAGGAGACAUUUAUUAUUUGUUGUAUACAACCAUGCACUGAAUAAACUAAUUUAUACAAUGAUGUACUUUUUAACAAACA